AUGGCCACUAUGAAACGGACAGUGGAAAUGCUGCAGAGGAUGUGGGGAAGGAACCCGCCCGUGCGCUGGCGUGGCGUGUGCUGGGGCCCGCAACGGAACCGGCACAGGCGCCUCGGCACGCUCGGAAGAGACCUACUCCAUGACCCACAACACAGGUACCCGCGCUGCAGCACUGUUCACAGCAGCCCACCUCGGAACCAGCUGCUGCCCAGCGCUGACCGGAUGGAGGAAAUACUGGCCAUGCUGGCGCAGCACGAGCCCUGGCCUGGGGCAGACUUGGCGACUGGCUGCAGCCACCAUGGGGCCGAGGCCCAGCGCAUUGAGCGCCUGCUGUAUGCCGGGACCCGGUGCCGAGGGCGCAGCAAUGGAGACGGCGCAAGGUCCCCAGCAGGGAAGGCCGUCAAGCAGCAGCGAGCUGCCCCAGGCCCUGCCGGCACCGUGUUCCACCCUGUCUGGACAGCGGGGCCCCGUGGGGAGAGAAGCCCCACAGUGCCUGGCCCGCCAGCCCCCACGGAGCCCCCAGAGAUGGGCGGCAGAGCUGUUGCCCCCCUGGAGCGCCUGGGCGUGUGGCAGGAAGCCAGGCUGCCCUUCUCCCGCUUCCUGGAUGAGGUCACCGAGAGGGUGCUGGACCCUAAAACCUUGGAGGGCUUCAAGGGCCCCAGAGGCCGCAGCCCGGAGGCCUCUCCCGGGGAGCCUCUGGCUGGAGCCCCAGAGGAGGACCAGGCCCCGGGGCACCAGGGUCUGUCGGCUGCCACUGGAGUAGCCGCAGUCAGAGCAGGCUCAGGCCAGGCCUCCGACCCCAGGGGACCUUGGGGGAGCAGCGGACUGGAAAGCCAAGCCUCCUUCUCCAGCACGUGCCGGAGAAUGGCAGAGCCGCGGCUGCGUGAACCCGGAGCAGUGGGGGAGGAGGGCACUGCGCAGAGCUGUGGGCAUGGCCCGCAGGGAGCUCCUGUGUGCCGCUGCAGAGCCUCACACGCGGCUCGGCGCCCCCUCCGCGCCCCCGCCCCCACUCCACCGCAGGACCCCGUGGGGGUCUGUCUGGAGGCCACGGGACAGGCCCUGGAUCACCGACGAUUGGAGGGCUCCAUGGAGGACCGCAGGCAGCUUGCCGCCUGCUCUGCCACCGUCAGUCAUACUUGGUUCCCGCGGUCCCUGUGGACCGAAGCCUGCAAGGACAUCCCAACCCCCGCUGCUCCUGGUCAGAAGGGCCAGCUGGGUGUGGAGGGGCCUGUGGGCGUGGCCCAGGCGGCCGCGGGGGAUGCAGCUGGUCCUUGGGGGGCUCCUUUGCUCCAGAGGUCCUCUCUUUGGACCGGUUUGCAUUGGCACAGGGCCAUCCCGGCUAUGCCAGCCACAGACAAGAUGCAGCCUUGUGGGCUGAGGACCCCGGUGGCCCGGGCUCACCAGCCACGCCCCACUGGGCACCCAGCGCUCUGGGGUCCCGAUGGGGCCACCCUGAGCAUCCCUCCUGAGCCUUUGCAGGCAGGCAGUCCCCUGGAGGUGCAGCUGGCCUGGACCGGCCUCCCCGCCGUGCAGCCCACGGGGCUUCCUCGAGGCCUCUCAGGAAAUGGCUACGAGAAGGAAAGGGAUCGGACGCUGCAGCCCAUGUGGAGGCCCUUCUGCUUCCAACCGUCCAUGCCUGUCCCGCCCAUCCUUGCCUAUCCAGCAUCCACACUGCAUGGUGGUGUCCUGGCACUAGCAGGCGACACAGGCUCGGGGCCCGCAUGGCUAAUGGAGGAACGGAGGCCUGGCGGGGGGCACGGCGCUGCCAGCCCCGGGGUCACUGUGGCAUGCAGGGGGAUUUCCCUGUGCGGGGGAGAGGGGGCCGCCGCUGGGAGGAGGGGUGCGCGUGCGCGCGUGUGCGCUCGGCCGGGUGCCCCGUGGCCCCCCACGGGCCUCAGUUUCCCCCCGCUGAGCACCGCGGCCCGGCCUGCCGCCGCCGCCGCGUGUCGUUGCAGCGCCCUGCAGGAGCAGAAGGGCGAGCUGCGCAAGCGGCUGUCCUACACCACGCACAAGCUGGAGAAGCUGGAGACCGAGUUCGACUCCACGCGCCACUACCUGGAGAUUGAGCUGCGGCGGGCGCAGGAGGAGCUGGAGAAGGUCACGGAGAAGCUGCGCAGGAUUCAGAGCAACUACAUGGCGCUGCAGAGGAUCAACCAGGAGCUGGAGGACAAGCUGUACCGCAUGGGCCAGCACUAUGAGGAAGAGAAGCGUGCGCUGAGCCACGAGAUUGUCGCUCUCAACAGCCACCUGCUGGAGGCCAAGGUGACCAUCGACAAGCUGUCGGAGGACAACGAGCUCUAUAGGAAGGACUGCAAUCUAGCGGCCCAGCUGCUGCAGUGCAGCCAGACCUACGGCAGGGUCCAUAAGGUGUCAGAGCUGCCCUUGGACUUCCAGCAGCGCGUGAGUCUGCACAUGGAGAAGCACGGCUGCAGCCUGCCGUCCCCGCGCUGCCACCCGGCCUACGCCGACAGCGUCCCGACCUGCGUCAUUGCCAAGGUGCUGGAGAAGCCCGACCCCACCAGCCUGUCGUCGCGCCUGUCGGAUGCCUCGGCCCGCGACCUGGCCUUCCGCGACGGGGUGGAGAAGCCAGGCCCGCGGCCCCCCUACAAGGGGGACAUCUACUGCAGCGACACGGCCCUCUACUGCCCCGACGAGCGGCGGCGGGACCGGAGGCCCAGCGUGGACGCAUCCGUGACCGACGUGGGAUUCCUGCGGGCCCAGAACUCCACCGACACCGCCGAGGAGGAGGAGGAGGCCGAGGCCGCGGCCUUCCCCGUGGGCUACCGCCACGAAGCCUUCCCGGGCUACGCGGGCUCGCUGCCCACGUCCAGCUCGUACUCGAGCUUCAGCGCCACGUCGGAGGAGAAGGAGCACGCGCAGGCCAGCACGCUGACCGCCUCGCAGCAGGCCAUCUACCUGAACAGCCGCGACGAGCUCUUCAACCGCAAGCCCCCGGCCGCCGCCACCUACAACGGCGGCGGCCCGCGCUUCGCCAAGGCCGCCGCCGCCCCGCGCGAGGCCGAGGUGACCCCCGGCUUCGGACGGACUGUGUCUCCGUACCCGGCCGAGCCCUUCCGCUUCCCGGCCUCCCCGGGGCCCCAGCAGGCGCUGAUGCCACCAAACCUGUGGAGCCUGCGAGCCAAGCCGGGCAGCACGCGGCUGGCCAGCGAGGACCUCCGGGGCCAGUGGCGGCCCCUGAGCGUGGAGGACAUCGGGGCCUACUCGUUCCCGGGAGGCACCGCCAGCCGCGCCUCUCCCUGCAGCUUCUCCGAACGCUACUACGGCGGCAGCAUGGGCAGCCCGGGCAAGAAGGCCGAAGGUCGCGCCAGCCCCCUCUACGCCACCUACAAGGCCGAGAGCUUCUCCGAGGGCGACGACCUGUCCCAGGGCCACCUGGCCGAGCCCUGCUUCCUGCGCAGCCUCAGCCCCAGCCGCUCGGCCGACCCGCUCCCCGGCUACGCGCCCAGCGACGGCGAUGGGGACCGGCUCGGGGUGCAGCUGUGCGGGGCCGGCAGCAGCCCUGAGCCCGAGCCGGGCUCCAGGGACUCCCUGGGGCCCAGCUCCAUGGAGGCCUCGCCCGAGAUGCACCCUGCCGCCCGCCUCAGCCCCCAGCAGGCCUUCCCUCGGACUGGAGGCGCGGGGCUGAGCCGCAAGGACAGCCUGACCAAGGCCCAGCUCUACGGAACCUUGCUCAACUGAACGCCCCACGCAGGCCACGGCCACGGGCCCUCCUCCCCACUCCCGCUCCGGCCACGUGGCACCUACAAGGGUGCAGUUCCCUUUCCCCCAAGACACCCCGCUCCCUGAGCCCCUUGUCCAGGAGGAGGCACUCCUGCCCAACCCCUCCCCGCCUCCCAGCCCGGUAGAACCCCCGAGGACAACCUGCUGUAUUGUCGACGUGUCCAGCCCCGGCUACCACCACGGACCCCCGCUUAGGUGUUUUCACAUCCCCACACCCUCCCACCCGAGGUGAGCGCCCCCCCCUUUUAUAAAGCGAUACUAUUUUUCUAAGAGAAAAGGGUCUUUCUUAACGCCCCCGGCCUCCAGCUUCUGGAUGGCUGCCUUGGCGUUUCCAACGUGAAGCUCCUGCAUCUCUUCAGUGAAGGUGCUGGGGGCUUGCCCGGGGCGAAGGCGAGCGUGUCCCAGGAAGCCCGGCCUCCGCCAGCGGCGAGGCCGCAAGGCAGUGGCAAGGGAAGCCCAAAAUUCUGACCAGUGAGAGGGGAACGGAAACCAGUGAGGGCACAGGAAAUGUUGUCAAAAUCCAACUUCCCACAGUGCGGCCAGCACAGUACCCCCCCCUCCACCCCGAGCUCCUUCACGGCCCGCAGUCCCGAGUGGGGCCGGGACAAGGUCCCAGUACGGCCCGGUGCUCGCUCCGCCCCGCCCCCCCCCGCUCCCCACACCACCUCGGUCUACCUCAGACGUAUGAGGCCCCCGCCCCAC